CCAGUGCGCGGUGACGUAAAAACCGCGCCCACGGAAAAACCGCUGUGGCUUCCUCCAGCCGUAGUUUUUCGGUUUUCCUCAAUCAGGAAAAACCGCCAAGCUUUUCCUGCUUUCAGCGGGGCCGUAAAGCAAUCCGCAGAUUAAAUCGCGAGCGUCGUAAAGGCGCUCGCCCGUAUCAAUCAAAACGCUCCUCCAUGUGACUCGAGCGGCGGCAGUCACUCAGCGCAGCUGUGCGCCCUGGAUUGAUCUUCGUGACCGUGAGCCGCAAUGACAUCAGCGAAAGGAGCGCAGGCGGUGCUGGCGUUAUCGCUCCGUGCGCGUUGUGACGACUGCGGCGUUCGUUUUUGAAGUCAUGGCGGUCAGGAAACGUGGCGAAGUUAAGAGGCCCGCGGCAGAAGCAGCCGCUUCGUCGCCGAACGGUCCACAGUCGCAUGCGGCGGUGCCCGUGUUUUCGACCCGGAGGAUUGUCGUGCGCGUCGGCAUGUCCGUCGCGUUGCUGGCUGCCCUCUACGUUCCCGCGUGGUGGAAGUCCGGGAGCGUGAGGACGUUCGCGUCCCGCGACGAGGUCUUGGCGAUCAAGUCGCAAACCGUGGAGUGUUCCAAAGACUACGUGAACGACCGUCGGCUAUUCAAGGAUUGUGCCCCCCAAAAGUGCGGAAGAGUGGUUUCGGACAGCGUGGUCACCACUGAAGAGAGUGAUGCACUGUUGAACCUGGCAAAGCGGGGCUUGGCAUUGAGUCGUUCCGACGGUGGAGCUUCGAUUCUUGAUCUGCAUUCCGGAUCCAUUUCCCUGGGGAAGAAAUUCGUCAAUGUCUACAAACUGCUUGAACAGGAAGGCACUACACUAUUCAGUGACCAUGACUUGAAAGUCUACAAGCAGGUCAAGGACAAGAUUCGAAGCCUGAUCGGCUUUCAGUUUGGCAUCAGGCCCGACUCCUUACACUUGACACACCCGACAUUCUUCUCGGAAAUGACGGUGCGGCCGGCCGUCACCGUCCACGACGAGUACUGGCACGUGCACGUCGACAAGGAGCAGUACGGAUCAUUUCACUACACUUCACUGCUCUAUCUGGCCGACUACAACGCAGAUUUUGGCGGAGGUCGCCUGGUUUUUGUCGAUGGCGUCAGGGGCAAUGCCACGGUGGAACCAAGGAAAGGUCGUGUCCUGGCUUUUACAUCUGGCUCAGAGAACCCGCACUUCGUGGAGAAAGUGGACAAGGGUGUGCGAUAUGCGCUGACCGUGUCGUUCUCCUGCGACCCUUUGAAAGCCAUCCGUGACCCCGGCAGGCCUCGACCGAGUGUCUGAGGCGCAAUUUAUUGUGAAUGUGACAUUGUCCACGAAGAUGCGGGUGCUGGAGGUUGUUCAUGGAUGCAAUGUGGGGUUGUUCUAUGCAUUCGUGCAUUUCUAAAUAUCGGGAAAAUGGAAGCGAAAGAGUUUUGUAUUCGCAAAAUGCAGAUUUCCAUGACCAAAGGGACUUUUCACGCAUACACAUAGUGAUUAGAGACCUCUUUAUAUAAAUACCUGAUACAUAAUUUUAUAAUGUAUACAUAAUUUAUGCAUACUAAUUAGGAAAGUGGAAAUAGAACAUUUCUGUAACUGCAAAAAGGAGACUUUCGUGACAAACUCUUUCAUGCACUAUGAUUUGACAACAACAAUCUCUACAGUGAUUCGACUGCCUCAUUGUAAGUGCGACGCAGGCUUUUCAGUGCACACAUACAUGACUUAGCAUGUCAGCGAAGUGGAAACGAAAAGGAAAGCUUUUAACCACAAAAAAAAAGGCAUACUUUCAUGACUCGCACCACUUUUUAUGCAUAAGAUGGGACAGUGAGGUUGUCCUGAGUGAUAAAGCAUGUCAUAAUGAGAAGCUAUCUUAUCUGCAACGGGACAGUAACAUUAUCCACAAUGAUAAAGUACUACAGUAGAAUCCCGUUAUUGCGUUUCUUAGGGGACCAAGGAAAAAGAAUGCACGGUCAAGGAAAACUUAACAUGCGACAUCAAUUUUGUGGGGCAGAUACACAAACAGGACUGACGAUUCAGAGUGCAAGAGCCGGGAAAACGUGACAGAAACGUAUCAACAAGUUUUACUGUAUGCGGUAAGCCACGAGCUUGUUUGGCAGUGCGAGACAGUAGAUUCGUACGCAACUAUGAAAAACGCCAUACUGAAAGGUUAUAAUGCCAAAGAUUGGGUAUGGCAUUAUAAUCUGUAAUGAUAAGGAAUGUCACUACGGAAAUAGCUGCAGCCUGGUUUUACAGACCUCGGUCAUUAACGGCACACUAGAGAGCAACACUUAACGAAUCCUAGGUUUGCAUCCUUUCGACAUUGCUUUCGUUCAUUUGGCAGAAAGCUUGUGCUCGUCAAAAAUUUUACAAAUUGUAAUUCGAGUAUAGGUCCACCCAUAUAUUUGCAGAAAUAUUUUAACAAGACACACCCUUAUUUACCACAAGCUUGGCUAUUAAAUAUCGCUAGUUGAUGCCGCAAGCUGCAUCCUCGUCGGGACUGCCAGAAAAUUAGGAUGUUUCACAGGUGUCCUCGGUGCUGUCGAGUGGGUCGAGGAACUCCGUAGGCCUGGUACUUUUCCUAGCUUUGUUCACGAAUAUAGGUAGAGAGCUCACUUUGAGUAACAUUUGCGAAAAGAGAGAAAAAAAAAAAAAGGUGGACCUAUAUUCGAAUCAAUACGGUAGUCCUCCUUUAUUCGAUGGACUUUUAAGUGAACUUGAAUACAUGCUCUAGAAUUCCAUGAUUGCACGGCAAGCCAAUGUGGCAGCUUCACGGCGGUGGCGCCACUAGUCUUAUGUUUAUUGCGUCCAUUCUUGCUCACCGAGCCUCCAUUCAUGUCAGUAGAGGUUGUUGUGCUAUUGCGGUGGCAUAAUUUAUUAGUACAGCUUAACGAUGCUUUGCACCAUCUUUAUAAAGCUUCAGCUGUUGCGUCGCUGUUUUUUUUUUUGUUAAAUGUUCCACCACAUUCUAUGCCUAUUCAGUAUUUACUGCGCCUUGUCAGUUAAAUGGGUCUGACACACACAGCUCUACCUUUCCUACCUAUGCAUUUGCCUUUUGGUAGUUGACCCAUUGGGCUGUUGUAAUAGCAAGGAACAAAUUGCCCUUUCAAAGUUGUUUUUGAGACCAACAUAAUCGUGCAUACCUUUGUUUGUUUGGAUGUACAUAGUUCAUUCCAUUGUUAAUAAAAGUUCUUUUUUACCUGGGCAA